AUCGACAAACUAGUUAGUUGAUUUAUUCAAGUUUAUGUCAAAAUGUGCAAAACAAGUUAUGCUCUUAUAUUUCUGUUUGGCAUUUGAAGGGUGACAUAUACAGAUUGCCUAGGAAGAACAAGACAAUGCAUGGCUAAAGACCUGGAACACAUUAAACGAAAUGAUAAAAAAUUGCGGGAAGUGGUUGAGAAGAAACGAAUGCAGCAUGGUAGAGAAGAAGAAAUAGCAGCAAAGUCCAAUGAAGUUACGGAGAAGAAUGAACAUGUAGAGGAAGGAGAAGCAUUGCCAGAGAUGAUGUCAGAUCAGUUGAGAAACGAGAUAUUGCGAAAACAGUGGGAGAAAGACGAGGAACGGCUAAAGGACAAGAAGGACGUUCAUUAUCAGGAUGUGCUUUUUGGAGGGCUAGAGUCUAGAAUAAAUAACAACGAGAUCUCCGACUGGAACACUGUCGAGUGCCUCUCGGCAGUGAAGACCUUGGCAACAGUGUAUCUGGAGAAAAACCCAGUGGCCGAAGAUCCGAUGUACAGAAGAAAGUUGAAGCUGAUCGCUCCAUCGCUCACACAAAUUGACGCCACGCUCUGUCGUUGAGGAUCUCUUCCUUGGUAAAGAUGUGGUACAUGAGGUCAUUGCCAAAAAUAUUUUUCGUUAAUUUUAGGUCAUCAUACGUAAACGUUUUGAAUAUGAGAAGAUAGUUUAUGACAGUCCGUGUAUAGCUUCAAAGUUGUGUUUACUACCAACAGCAAAAUGUUUAGUACAUGUGUACAAAAAAACUUUGUGCCAUAUUUUUUGCAGCAGCAAAACCUACAAAAAGUCCCUUACAAAAUCAAUGCUUUCUUUACGUGUCGUAUACGACUUAAGACUGACAAAAAAUAAAUAAACGAAUAAUUUUUUGAAUUGUCCAGAAGUGUUUAUUUAAUAGCACACGUGUAUGUUUCUUGUAUCUCAAUUCGAUGGUAUUAUAGUGUUUAACAUCAAACACAUACUUACAUAAAGUAACACUUAGUAAUUUACGUUUAUUGUUAGUUUUUUGUUACUAAAUUAUGAACGAUAUUUUUUAUAAUGCGCACUAUUAAUGGAUAAAAUCAAAAUGUAAC